AUGUCGUCUGACGGACACCAAAAGGGGGUAGACCCCGAGAACAGGUUUACCCUGAACUCCUAUCACCUGGAUGACAUUGACCUUCUUUGGCAUAGCGAAGUCAAGAAGUUUAUCAAGGUCGAGCCGCCGUGCUGGACACGGCGGACCAGGCGCUUUGAGCCUAAUGACCCGAACUUGGGCCCUUUCCCUGACUUCCCUCAAAUUGUCUGGACCGAGGAUUACUGGACUCGCCUCUGGGAUCGGGCAAUUCUCCCAGAGGCCACUCGUGGCUAUCAAAUGUCGCAGAUGUCCUCAUCAUAUAAGGAACGUUGCAAGCAAUGUCGAUUUGCAAUGUGGGGUCAGAGACGACACCAACUUCUGGCAAGCGAAUCGACAAUCCGCAAUCAUGCAGAAGUCCAGGCAACACGCGCUGAGCAACGGCCAGAAGAACCGCCCAAGGUCGGAGAAUUUAAGGAGGACAUCAUUGACGAGUUGACUGAGGAGUGCAUCGGCAAGAUCUACUGGACUACCGACAUGAUCGCUAAAUGGCACAAACGACGAGCUGCGAAGGAGGUCAAGCGCGAGGUCAAGUACGGCUGCUGGGGACAUCCGGGAAAGCCAGUCGGCAAGUGGCAGGUAUUCACUUGCUGCAAGAAGGGCAUUUUUUCCCGCCCUUGUCAUCAGUUCAAAUCCCACCAGAUCAUUGAAAACGAGAAGGCGUGGAAAUGCAACUGGGAGCUACACGAGGCCCCACAAAAACCUGCAGAUUACCGCUUUGCCAUCGCCCUCGACUGUGAGAUGGGAAUCACCGACCUGGGUGAACAGGAACUCAUCCGGAUCAGCGCCAUUGACUACUUUACCGGGGAGAUCUUGAUAAACAAGUUGGUCUUCCCCAAAGUUCGGAUGUGGCACACCAACCUCCGCUUUUCCGGUGUCAGCUGGGACAUGCUGUACGCAGCCAAGGCUCGGGGUGAAGAACUCGACGGCCGAGAUGCAGCCCGUGAAGCGUUGUUCCGGUACAUCGGCCCCAGCACCGUCCUCGUCCUCCACGGUGGCCGAGCAGACAUGUUGGCCCUGCGAAUUAUUCACCGCCGAAUUGUCGAUACCAUGCUCUUCGCCGAAGCUUCCUUGAAGGAGAACGCCAACGACAUCCUGAAUCGCAAGAUCCAGCAAGGCCACGGCCAUGACAGCCUCGAGGAUGCGCUCGCCUGCCGAGACCUCGCGAACCACUUCAUCACGCACCUCCCAUUCAAGCACAUCUACAGCCCAAGAUACUGCCAGAUGUGGCGCAAUGAGGUCUUGAAUCUGGAGAUCCCAAAGAUAGAUGGCAAAAUUGACCCGGAAUGGAGACCACCUUCGUUAAAAGUCCGGGCGCCCUACCUCAAGAACUAUCGCCCCUUCGAGCCUUGGGUUGUCCAAGAGGAACGUCGACGAGCCGAGAAUCUACACGACUAUGAGGCGGCAGCUCAAGAAUGGUACGAUCAAGGUUGGAAAUUCCCGGGGGUGCCAUGGGAAUAUUCGAUACGUGAUGAUGACGAGCCUUGGCAUGAACCCCGGUGGCAUGAGCCUCAGAAUGAUUGGGGUAUAAAGGAUUGCCGAGGUUGA